UUCCACUCAAAGUCUCAAACCACCUAUAUUCGACAAAUCCGGUUUUAACUUCCUAGUCAGAUUAAAACAACAUUCGAAGAAAGAAGCAGAAAAUUCAGGGGUUUCUAUGGAACACUCGCUACAAAUGCGCUAUUCCCUCUUAUCCAUUUUACUAUACUAAUCUUCUUUUUUCUGUUUUACUAUUUUUAUAUUGCAUGAAUCCUUUGAGUGGGUGAAUGAACUUACAUACAUUCUGAUUUGCUAGUGGGCAAGACUUUCCUUUAAAACAAUAAAAAACAAUGUUAAAAGAUAGUACCAACAAAUUCAACGAAAGAACAAGAACCUUCAAAGAAACUUCCCAACCUGUUGAGAAGUCAUUGUUUUUUUCAAAUGGUCUAACCAAUUGAUCUUUUCUUGUUUUCUCCGCUAAUCAUUUUUCAUUUCUUGAUUGUUUUUUGAGAAAAAUCAUACAAUAAUCAUUUCUAAAAAUCAACUUUCUUGGGCCUAUUUGUUCAUUUUUCAUUCCCUAACUCAACAUGUGUGUUUUUGGGGGACCUCAAUUGAUGUGUUAAUCCAGAAAUCUUUAACAAGGUGAAGUUUUUGGCUUUGUGGGGUGUAUAGAUUUUCUUCUCAGAUCAUUGAUGCAAUUGGAUAAUGAGGUAUUGGAUUUGGGGUUGAUAAUUAAGUAUUAGAAAUGUGCUUAUUCUCCUUUGUUAGCAUGUUAUGAGAUUGAAUUCUUCAUUUGCAUGAAUUCCUUGAGGGAAAAAUGUUAAUGUGCUUAGGCUAAUUUUUUCUUUUGUUGGGGAAAAUACUGAUAAUACUGUUUUCAUGAGUUCUCUACAUUUCUGCCUAUCUUGAUUUGUGUCAUCAUUGCUGGUUUAGUCUGGGAGUUUAAGUAGAUAUCCAUAUUGAAUAUUGUUUAGGUUAUUGAGGGUUGUUUUAUUAUUUUUUGGAUUAAACAAGUUGGCUGAGGAGCGAUGGAACUUAGUCGCGAAGAUUUGAAUGUAGAGGGAGAGGGAGAAGGUGAGGAAAUAGAUAGAGAACCGACCUCACGAGCACAUAUUAGGGACAAUGGUUACAAUAACACUCGAUAUAUUGGUGCUGUGAGGCAAAAAGCUUAUAUCUUUGAUGGAGAGGGGAAUUAUUUUAAUAAGGAAUGGGAUUUAUCAGAGGGUAGAGGCAAAGAAUUUUGUUGGUACCAUGUUGAGCUUCCAAAGUGGAACCAGAGACUCUCACAAUCUGCACAGUAUCUUAUUGAUGUACUUUGUCCCCCUAUGAAGCUCCAAGACAUUUUGUCACUUGUUAGCAAUGGACCCUUUUGUGGACAUGUCGAUGGGGCUCUUGUGUUUCGAGUUAAUUCACCUGGCCCCGCAUCAAGCAAAUUUACAUUUAGAAUUGCAGCAAGAGUUACCGAAAAUUCAGUGAUCACCGUGUCAUUAGGCCGUGUUCCGAGAUUGGGUUUCUCCCCGGUAAAUCAGUCCCUUCUGUCAGAGGUUCCCAUUGUGGAAAGUCCAAGUAAUGGUGGUGGAGAAAUGAAGGAAAGGGGUGGGACUGUUAUCAGAGAGCAUGUUCUUGAUUUUCUGUUGAUGAUGAAUCAUUCUGAGGAAGCUGAUAAUCCUGUACCUAAAUCUGUGUCAAAUCUCGUCGUUCACAUCGUAGACACACAUGUGGAUCACCUUCAAGAUGUUGUGACGAAGCUGGAGAUUGAGUUGGACUCAAUGGAGUUGGAAUUGGACAAAGGCGGUUUUGCUUUAAAGAAACAAUUGCUGGAUGAUAGAAGAUUCCCGAAGAUGCAUCUUGACCUGCAGCGCCUCCUCCAGGUGAUUGCACAUGGGGAGCAAGUAUUUCCACGAGUCAAGGAGAAAUGUUCUUCAAAAGGUUGGUUUGCCAGCGAUGACAUCAACUCACUUGAAGAGUUAAUUGGUCGGCUGAGAAGACUAAAGGAGAAUGUUGGGUUUAUCGCCAAUCGUGUUACAGCAAUUCAGGCAGGUCUUGACAGUUGGCAGUCUGAGCAGAUAAAUAAAAAACUUUACUAUCUUUCCUUCCUCUCCAUCGUCUUUCUUCCUUUAUCAGUAGUAACUGGAGUGUUCGGGAUGAAUGUUGGAGGUGUACCUUGGACCAAUCAAAGAGAACCUGAGUUGAAGGAAGGAUUCCGCAAUGUUAUGUUGUUGUGUGUGGUUCUGCUUCUAUUGGUUCUCCUCUGCUUCCUUUUUCCCGCGCUUUAUAGUCAUGUAAUGGCUUGGAAGAGAAGGCGAGACAUGAAAAGAAGCUGGUCUCUCAACCGAAGAUCCUUCCUUAGAAGAAGUACAGGCGUUAGGGAAAGAAAUGAAAAGGGAGGUUACUUGAGGCUAUACUGAGAUGAAAGUGGUAGGCAAAUCAAAGCAGUUCUUUUCUUCGUAUCUUUCUCCAACAUAAAUCAAUUUUGGCAAUAAUUCUGGCUUGGUAUGGUUUUCUUCUUUCGAGAUGUACAUAUAAUCACAUGUUCCACAUUGGAAUUUUAGUUGAAGGGUCUCCUUACAUUCCCUGAAAACACAAAUUCCCACACGAUUAUAGUGUUACUUUGAAAGGCGGUGGAUGUAAUAGCGAGUCGAAGGAGAGCCAAUGUUUUGCCAAUUCCUUCCUUUGUUUUACUAACUCUUGUGCUUGUAUAGAGAAUUCCUUUGUUAUUACAAUGUGACUGUUCUUUCUUUUA